AUGAAAGCAAUCAACAAUCGUAUUGAUACCGAUGAGAAUAAGAAAUUCGUAAUUCUUAUAUGGAAAUACUGGAAAUGGCUGAAAAAUCGACACGUUCAUAACUUUAAUAACAAACGAAAAAAUAAUCCACUCAGCGGGUGCAGUGUCAACAACUGCGUAUUCACAGGAGACGAUAGCAAGCUAUCCACUGCUGAUGCUGUAAUCAUCCAUGUCCAACAUGGUAUAUUUCCAAACACUACAGAACGAAGCCAGAGACAAAGAUGGGUAUUUUUGAAUGAUGAAUCUCCUUUAAAUGCAUUUUCCAUGUCACGGCUUCAACCUAAAAUAUCAGAUUUAGCUAAUAUGUUUAAUUGGUCCAUGACAUAUAGAAGCGAUUCCGACGUGCCUGUUCCCUAUGGCCGAACCGUACCCUUGCAAAAACCGAUCGUGGAAGCAAUGACAUAUGAAAAUAUGAUUUCGCUAGUUCCAAAUUGGAAAAACAAACGACGAGAUAUUUUAGUAACUAUUCUUAUAUCAGAUUGUGGAGUACCUCGCAGAAUGAAUUACCUAGAGCAGCUUCAGAAACAUAUCACUGUAGAUGUUUUUGGAAAGUGUUCAAAAAACCACAAAGAAAGCUGUCCUGGCCAUUUUAGAUCGGACUGUAACAUCAUGUCCGGCUAUUUAUUUUACUUAGUCUUUGAGAACUCAGAAUGUGAAGAAUAUUUGACCGAGAAAUGUUUCUACAAUGCGUACAGUAAAGGUGCUAUACCAGUGAUAUUGGGCCCAACUGUGGAGAACUGCAAAUUACUGUUACCGCCAAAUUCUUUUCUUCACACAGACAAUUUUGAAAGUCCUGAAGAGUUAGCGAAGAAUAUAAUAGAAAUAAGUAAAGAUGAUAAUAAGCUUUUAUCAUAUCAUCGUUGGAGAAACGACUUUGAAGUCGUCAACGAACAUGGCUAUUUCGGAUCCAAAUCCUAUCAUCUAUGUAGAAUAUGCGAAGCAUUGAAUUACAACGAUCGAAGUAACAAAGUUUAUACAGCGGAAAAUUUAAGGAAAUAUUUUGAUCCUAAAUUUUCUUGUAGA